AUGGUUGACCCUGGCUUCAUCACUGGAUUUGCUGGUUAUGCCAUUCAGUUGGCUGGGGAUCAGAUAAUCCAUCACAUCAACAUUGCCAUCCGAUGCAAGAAAGAGUUGGAUGCCCUCAAACUUCUGCUUCCCAGAAUUCAAGCAAUGAAUGUGGAAUUGCAGGAGUAUCGAAAAGCUUUGAACUCUGGCAAAAUGAGUACGUCACCUCACCAUCCUUUGCCCUCCACAGUCAACAGCUGGUUGAACGAAUUGAAUGCCCUUCUGGAGGAAGCAUCUGAUUUGGCCCAGCACUGCACUGUACGCUCACACUUUCAUCUCUUUUCUCGUUACAGAACGAGUAGAAUGAUCAGGCGCCUCAUUGACAAUAUAGAAAAGCAUAUAGCCUCCACGCCUUCCGUUGCUUUUCUGCACCAACUGCAGCAAUAUGUCGCGAAUCGGCAGGUGCUUGAGCAGAUUAAAGAGAGAUUGGAUUAUCUUAAUCAUAGUACUUCAGCAAUGGCCAGCGCAUCUGGAGAUCUCUUUCCAUCCAUUUAUUCGGCCACUUCCAACAAGAAGUAUAUUGAGGAGGCAGUCAUUGUGGGACAGGAUUCUGAAUCAAACAGACUUGUGGAGCUGAUCGAUUCACAGCAGCACAAAAAUGUGUCUCGUUUAGGACUAGUUGGGAAGGGUGGGGCCGGUAAGACUCUGUUACUCAAACGAGUCUUCAACAGUGACCAGGUACAGAGUCUCUUCCGCAAUGAUUUGAUGCUUUGGCUUACUGUUUCACAGAAUCCAUCUUUCAAUACUCUCCGAGAUGAUCUUGUGAAACAAAUAACUGUUCAAGUAAAUGAAAGAUUGGACAGUAGAGAGGAAGAUCAUGUGAAAACUUGGUUGAAUGAACGCAUGAGAAAGCACAAAUUUGCCCUAUUUUUAGAUGAUAUUUGGGAAACAAGUGCAGCCUCGCUGUUAGAGGAGCUGUGUGUGCCUCAUUCUCCACACCACAAGUCUAACAUCAUCAUUGCCACAUCGAGAACUACUAGUGUGCUCUCACAGUUGGGUGUCCGGCCUUCUUCACUCAUCGAAAUGAAAAAUUUGACUGAGGACGACGGUUGGAGAUUGUUUUCUUUCUAUGCAUUUCCACACAGCAAUGGAAUUUUACCCGUGAGCAUUGACCAAGAAAUAGCGAGGAGUGUCUGCAAGGAGUGUGGGGGCCUUCCGUUAGCCCUCAAAGUAAUUGGGAAGGCAAUGGUAAGCGUCACUCUGUCAAAUGAAUGGGAAUUGGCAGUCAAGAAGUUGCAGAAUGAUGUUACACGCUCUCUUUAUGGCAGGUUAAGGCUAAGCUACGAUGCUUUGGCCGACGUGGCUGGCUAUGGCAUUUCCUUGCAGUUGUGCUUCCUCUGCCUUGCUGCUUUCUCAAAAGGUCAUGUAAUCUAUUCUAAUGAUGCCAUUGACUACUGGAUUGGAGAAGGGUUGGUGGCCGGGAGAGAUCCUCUUCAAAUCGGAGACGCAUACGUCAUUCUGUUAGCGGAUCGAUGCCUUAUCGAACCAAUCCAGAAGGAUUAUGACGGAAAUGUAAUCUGCUUCAGGGUACAUGAUGUUCUGCAUGACUUAGCACAACAAAUUGCUGAGAAGGAAGAAAAAUGCUUCUUCCAGGCAAGCAAAGGCUUACAGGAAUUUCCUAUGGUCGAUUGUGCAGGACAUAUCAGAAUUUCUUUAGAAGACAACAGUUUGACUAGGGUUCCUAAAGAAUUCCGAGCUCCUUAUAUCCGCUUCCUGCUACUCUCUUCAAAUCCUUCUUUGACGGAAAUUCCAACAGAAGUGAUUGGGAGUAUGACCGCUCUUAGGGUCCUGGAUUUGUCACGGACUGCCCUCCAGUCGUUGCCACAAAACAUGGGAUGUUUGAAGCGUUUAGUUUACCUUGGGUUAUCCUUUGUGGCACUCAAGAGAUUGCCCAGCUCUGUCACUGCUCUUAAAAACCUACAAAUAUUAGAUCUUUAUCGAUCUGAUAUUACACAACUCCCGUCCGGCUUUUCUAAGUUGACUUCUCUAAAACUGUUGGACGUUAGUUUCUGCAAACAUCUGCAGUGCAUGCCUUAUGGGAUCUCACGCCUUACGUCCCUGGAGUACCUGGAUGCAUUUGCUUCUUCAAAUAUACAGUGGAACAAGUGCAGAAGGGAUCGGCUUCCAAUUAGUGAUUUGUGCACCCUAAACAAACUCAAAAGGUUGGGGCUUCAUAAUAAUGGUGAGAUAAUUCAGGAAGGAAUGUUGGGAACCAUGAAGCAGGUGGAAUAUCUAUGUAUGCAUCUGACGGGUAUGGAAAGCCUACCACAAGACAUAAUUUCCAUGUCAAAAUUGAGAAAACUUUUAUUAACAUGUCCUCAGUUACUCCAGAUAGAAAAUCCAUUUUGUGAAUUUCAAAAUCUGGGUUAUCUUAGUUUGUUCGAUUGUGGCAUGUUGAAACAACUACCUAAAUUGCACAAUCUUCCAAGUCUAAAGCACCUGCAUAUCAUUAAGUGCCCCAACAUUGAGAAGUUUCCAGAGGAAUUUGGCAAGCAGGGGGGAUUUCCUAAGUUGGAGGUAUUUUCAGUGGUGAAGCUGAGGAAGCUAGAGCAGCUGCCAAUAGUGGAAGAAGGAGCACUGCCUUCACUUAAAACAUUGACAAUAAUGAAGUGUGAGGCAUUGCAGAGGCUACCACAGUGUUAUUGGAAUUUGAAGAGUGUAGAGAAGAUAAGAGUGUAUGGUUGUUCAAAGGUUCUAUUUGUGAUGGCAGAGGAAGAAAACUUUAUCAAGACAAAGAUUAAGGUGCAAACAAUAACAUUAUCUAUGAUAGAAACUCAAACAUCAGAAGAGCGCUACCAUGAUAUUCUUCAGCAGAGUGAACAUUUUUAUUACGGUGAAUUUUGGUGUAGUGAGAUGUUUCAGCUUUUUGCUGGCAUUAGUCGAUUUUAUUUGUUUUGA